AUGGCCGCUAAGAGUAUAAAUAUCUUCUUCUCUCUCAUCUUUCCGAUCGCCGUCGUCUUCUUGCUUUCUCAGGCGACCCAAACCGAGGGUUUUGUGUUGGCCGAGAUGGAUGCUCAUGCUCCGCCCUUUGAUUCGAAAUCUUUUCUUCAAAGCUACGGUUAUCUGGAAUACGCGCGUCUUAAUCUCGAAAUUGGUGCUUCGGAAGAGCAGAUUCUGGAAUUAGCCAUCAAAACGUAUCAGGAAAAUUUCGGGAUCAGCCCCACCGGAAAAUUGGACGAUGAGACGUUGUCGUUGAUGAAGAUGCCGCGAUGCGGCAAUCCCGACAUCUACGGUGGCGUCAACACCAUGAAACAUAGCCGCGUACAAUUUGACGAGAACCGUUGA